AUGUCCGACAACAAUGAACGCAGCAACUCUUCAACUGGUGAAGGAUCUGAAGAUGAAUCGAAGAAGUUUCAGCAUAACGCUGCUGUCAAUGUGAGUUUUAAAAAUCAAUAUCGUUCUUAGUUCUAAAAACACGUUUUUACAGCCAAAAAGAACACGGAAAUUUAUGAAAAGAUCUUGUAAAGGAGGUGCCGAAUAUGACGAAAAGAAGGAUCGCCGAACCAAAUAUUAUGAACCUUUAAACUGCCAUGGAAAGUCUAAAGAAGCGUUGGAGUUGGUUGAUCCCUAUAAUAUUCGCCGUGAGCUUUCAAAGAGCAAAGCUAUGACUGAUGCUUCAGUCAGAGCUGAAGAGGAAGCUCUUCUCGAGGCCGAGUGGGCUGAUACAAAAACACCAGCUCCGCCUUCCAAGGAUAUUUUGUCGAUUGUUUGGCCUAAGUGGUGUGACACGGUCGACCCGCAAGAGCUUGAGCAGCGCCUAACCAAUUGGAACCGUAACGCGCCUCCACCUCCGAGAUGGAGACGAAGUGAAGUCGAUUGCGACACGUCAUUAGGAUUUUGGUUGGCAAAGAAUAAGAAGACGGUUUUGGAUGCUGAUGGCAAUCCGCCCACAACAUCGAAUGCGCCAAUUCAAGAACCGGAUGAGACGAUGGAUAUAGAUGAGGAGGAUGAAGAGGAGAAUGAAGAUGAGUGA